CCCGAGACCCCGGCGCACGGCGCGCCCUCCCUCGUGCGCCCCUCCGGCCCCCGCGGAGAACGAGAGGGCGAGCGAGCACGGCGCUCCCGGCCCAGCCCGGCCCCCCUGUCCUCACCGUCGCCUGCCCUCCGCCGCCUUCCCUCGCUUCCACCUCCACUCCCCCCCCCCAAGCAGAGGCCCCCUCCGGGGGGGGGAGGCCCGGCGGCGGGAGCGGAUUCCCCCAACUCCCUCAGGCCCUCCCCCCGCCCGGCCCGAGCGUGAGGAGGGCCCGGGCCGGUCCGCGUCGAGAGCGAGGAGGACCCCGGGCGGGCCCCGCGGGCCGUCUGGGGCCUGAUCCGGCCCCGCCAGGCGUGCGAAGUCAGGGGCCCGGCCCGAGGGCGAGCGGAGGGGAGGGGCCUGGUCCGGCCCGGCGGGUGCGCGAGGACUGGGGCCGCGGCCCCGCACGGCCGCCGCCGCGAUGGCCCAGCAGCAGAUGACCAGCUCGCAGAAAGCCUUGAUGCUUGAGCUGAAAUCCCUGCAGGAGGAACCCGUGGAGGGCUUCCGGAUCACCCUGGUGGAUGAGUCCGACCUCUACAACUGGGAGGUGGCCAUCUUCGGACCCCCUAACACCCUCUACGAAGGCGGCUACUUCAAGGCACAUAUUAAAUUUCCUAUUGACUACCCUUAUUCACCACCUACCUUCAGAUUCUUGACCAAAAUGUGGCACCCCAACAUUUAUGAGAAUGGAGAUGUGUGCAUUUCAAUUCUUCAUCCGCCUGUAGAUGACCCACAGAGUGGAGAACUGCCCUCUGAAAGGUGGAAUCCUACUCAGAAUGUGAGGACUAUCCUCUUAAGUGUAAUCUCACUGCUUAAUGAGCCCAACACCUUUUCCCCAGCCAAUGUGGAUGCUUCAGUUAUGUUCAGGAAAUGGAGGGACAGUAAAGGAAAAGACAAGGAGUACGCCGAGAUUAUUAGGAAACAGGUCUCGGCGACUAAGGCUGAAGCAGAGAAGGACGGAGUGAAGGUCCCCACAACCCUGGCAGAAUACUGCAUCAAAACUAAAGUGCCUUCCAAUGACAACAGCUCAGAUUUGCUUUAUGACGACUUGUAUGACGACGACAUUGAUGAUGAAGAUGAGGAGGAAGAAGAUGCCGACUGUUAUGAUGAUGAUGAUUCUGGGAACGAGGAAUCGUGACAUGGUCCUUCAGGACCCUGUACUGCCCUGACGUCUCAGGCCAAAGGGAGGGAGCAAGUGGGGAUCUAUGGUGGCCCCUCAGCGAAGACUUUACUCAUGGGGUGGGACACACACAGCUCCUGCUGACUGCCCUGCGGAUCUCAGUUUGCUCCUUUUUAUGGACUUUUACUGGAGAGAAAGCACCCCCACAGAAUGUCUGAGUUCUCGAAUUCUUCACCCUUCCAUCACUGUAUUGAUUCUUUUUAAACAGACACCACCGCCCUGAAACUCCCACCUCACUUCAUCUCUGCAGAAUGUCCACAGCAAAACACGUUUGUUUGUUUGUUUGUAGAUUCUUGAAGAAUUAGUCUCUUUAAGACAUCAAUGUGUUUAAAGCUGGGAACCCACUGGGAGUCCACAAGUGCUGCAUAUAUUGGGUAGCAAAAGGAAACGGGGGGGGGGGGGGAACAUAAAACCAAAAAAAAAAAACAAAAAACAAAACAAAACCCACAAAACAAACUUCAAAAAAAAAAAAAGAAAGAAAAAAAAAAAAGCCAAUUUGCCAAGGGUUAGCUGCUCCUUCCAUUAGUGCGUGUGCGUUGGUUCAGCCCCGUGUGGUGACUUUGUUCCUUUCCCUUCCUGAGGCUGGGAUGCGGUGGGCAGCAGGGACUUCCUUCCUCUUGCUAAGCCUGAUGAAUGUGCUGCUUCUGCCUCUAUGACAUCAUCCCAACAUGGAGGCUACAGCUACUCUGAGGAGAGAAAUCAGAUUUUGUUUUUUGGAAUCGAUUGGGAUCUAAAGCCUGAAAUAAAUAUUCAUACUUUACAUAGAA